AACUACGACAGCAUGUUUGACAUUGAAAAAGGAGUGGGAACGAUUGUCAUUGCAAAGCCAUUGGAUGCAGAACUCCGGUCCAUGUACAACAUGACUGUGGAGGUCACAGACGGAUCCAAUAUUGCUACCACACAGGUGUUUAUUAUGGUCUUGGAUAACAAUGAUAAUGGCCCAGUCUUCUCCCAGCCCAGUUAUGAAAUCACCAUUUCUGAGGACACUGCACCAGAGACGGAGGUCCUGCAGAUUAUCGCUAUGGAUAGAGACGAGAAGCACAAGCUGAGCUAUUCCAUCCACAGCAGCAUUGACCCUGCCAGUAUGCGAAUUUUCCGCAUUGACCCCAGUGCAGGGACCAUGUACACCACGGAGAGGCUAGACCACGAGGCUCGUGCACAGCAUGUCUUAACUGUUAUGGUGAGAGACCAGGAAUUUCCAUAUCGUAGAAACUUGGCGCGAGUCCUAGUUAACGUUGAUGAUGCAAAUGACCACGCCCCCUCCUUCACCAGUGCCCUUUACGAGGGUUCCGUGUUCGAAUCUGCUGCUGUCGGUUCUGCUGUGCUGCAGGUGACCGCUUUAGACAGAGAUAAAGGAGAAAAUGCAGAGCUUCUUUAUUCUAUCGAAUCAGGAAACACUGGGAACACCUUCAGAAUUGAACCAGUUUUGGGAAUCAUAUCAGUCGGCAGAGAACUUGACCUUGCAUCCAUCGGCCAUUAUGUAAUAACAGUUAGAGUUACUGAUCAUGGAUCACCUGCAAUGGGUACUACCACAAUGGUGCGAAUCUCUGUCACAAUUUCGGACAACUCCCACCCAAAAUUCCCUCAGAAGGAGUACCAAGCGGAGGUGAAUGAAAAUGUUGCCGUCGGAACUUCUGUCACAAUAAUUGCAGCUGUGAGCUUGUCAACUUUGGUUUAUGAAAUCACGGAGGGGAACUUUGAAAAGGCUUUCAAAAUUAAUCAGUAUUCAGGAGUUAUUACAACUCGGAAACCCCUUGAUUAUGAAUAUAUUUCUUCUUAUCUGCUGAUAGUCCAAGCAUCCAACAUGGCCGGGAUGGCUUCUAAUGUGACUGUCAACAUCCAGAUUGUUGAUGACAAUGAUAAUCCUCCCGUCUUCCAGCAGUCACAGUAUGCAGGCAGCAUAAGUGAAGCCGCCCCCAUCAAUAGUGUUGUCUUGAGCACAAAUGACAGUCCCUUGGUAAUAAGAGCUGCUGACGCAGACAAAAAUCAAAAUGCUCUGCUUGUCUAUGAGAUUGUAGAAGAUACAGCCAAGAUGUUCUUUACGGUAGAUUCUAGCACAGGAUCAGUAAGGACCAUAGCUAAUUUGGACCAUGAAACAUUUUCAAGCUUUCAUUUUCAUGUGCACGUAAAGGACAGCGGAAAACCGCAGCUAACAGCGGAGAAUCCUACUGAGGUUAACAUCCAGGUGCUUGACAUCAAUGACUCCCCUCCCAAAUUUUCCCAGGAUGUUUACGAAACUAUGCUGUUGCUUCCCACUUACAAAGGAGUUGAGGUUCUUAAGGUUUCAGCCACUGACCCCGAUUUAGAAGUCCCAUCUGAGCUAACCUACACACUAACCGAAGGAAAUACAGACCACUUUUUCAUUGAGCCCACAAGUGGUGUCCUUACAGUUAAGAACAACAGCUUUUCUAAAGAUCGCUAUCGGCUUAAUGUGAGGGUUUCCGAUGGGAAGUUCUACAGCACAGCCUUGAUUACUGUUUUAGUCAAGGAAGCUAUAGAAAGUGGUCUCUCCUUUACACACAGUGUGUAUUCCACUUCAAUCGUGGAGAACAGCACUAACAUAACAAAGGUGGCAGUGGUGAACGCUGUGGGCAACCGGCUGAAUGAGCCACUUAAAUACAGCAUUUUAAACGCCGGCAGCAAGUUCCAAAUAAAACCAACUUCAGGAGUAAUUCAGACAACCGGGAUUCCAUUUGACCGGGAGGAACAGGAGGUUUACGACCUGGUGGUGGAAGCAAGUCGUGAGCAUGAUCGCCUGAGGGUUGCAAGGGUGGUGGUCAAAGUCCAGGUGGAAGACAUCAAUGAUAACCCGCCUGUGUUUGUGGGCCUUCCUUAUUACGCUGCAGUACAGGUUGACGCUGAUCCUGGAGCUCCUAUUUACAGAGUGAGAGCAGUAGACCGCGACAAGGGGAUUAAUGGUGAGGUAGCUUAUUUUUUAAAGGAUGACCAUGAACACUUUGAAAUCAGCAGACACACUGGUGAUGUCACGUUGAAAGAAGUUUUUGAGUCUGAUUUGUCCAACACUGAGUACGUGGUCAUUGUUUCCGCAAAAGAUGCUGGAAAUCCUUCACUUUCCUCUACCAUUGAACUCCCAAUCACUAUAGUAAAUAAAGCCAUGCCUGUUUUUGAUAAAGCUUUCUAUGCAACAUCGGUUAAUGAAGACAUAGCGGCACACACACCCGUUCUUAGUAUUAAUGCCACCAGCCCUGAAGGCCAAAAUAUUAUAUACACAAUUGUGGAUGGUGACCCUUACAACCAGUUUGACGUUGAUUUUGACACUGGCAUAAUAAGUGUGAUUAGUUUGCUAGACUAUGAAGUCAGCUCCAGUUUUAGGCUUCUUAUCAGGGCAACAGACUCUCUCACUGGAGCAAGGGCUGAGGUCGCUGUGGAUAUAACAGUACUUGAUGUGAAUGACAACCCUCCAGUUUUUGAGAAGGUGACCUAUAAGACAUCCUUGUCGGAAACCUCCAUGAUUGGGACUCCUGUUGUGCAAGUUGUGGCUGCUGACAAAGAUUCAGAAAACAAUCGCAUUGUACGUUAUCAGAUUGUUUCAGACAUCUAUAAUAGCACUGAUUAUUUUCACAUAGACAGCAGUAGUGGGCUUAUACUGACAGCACGUAUGUUGGACCAUGAAUUGAUACAGCAAUACAACUUCAUCAUCAGAGCAACAGAUAAUGGAUUCCCACCCCUAAGCAGUGAAGUAUCAGUUACUGUUAAUGUGAAUGAUAUGAACGACAACCCUCCAGUCUUUAACCAGUUACUGUAUGAGUCGCAAGUGAGUGAACUUGCCCCAAAAGGGCAUUUUGUGGCUUCCGUUCAGGCAUCCGAUGCCGAUAGCUCUGACGUUGACAAACUCGAAUAUAGCAUCUUGUCAGGGAAUGAUCACAUGAACUUUAUAAUGGACAGCAAAACAGGAAUCAUUACCUUGUCCAGUCACCGCAAGCAAAGGAUGGAGCCGAUGUACAGCCUGAAUGUAUCUGUGUCUGAUGGCGUGUUCACCAGUACAGCCCAGGUGCAUAUCAAAGUAUUAGGGGCAAAUCUGUACAGCCCUGUGUUUUCUCAAAAUGUUUAUGUCGCAGAGGUUCGUGAAAAUGCUGCUGUAGGUUCAAAGGUUGUCCAGGUGAAGGCCACUGACCCGGAUUUAGGUUCAUUUGGUCAAAUCGCCUACUCUUUUGUGAAUGACUUUGGGAAGGACCAGUUCUCUAUUGGUGCAACAGGGCAGAUUACUACAAUGGAAAAGCUGGACAGAGAGAAUCCUGCAGAUGGAGAUAUCAUUUUAACCGUGAUGGCCCUGGAUGGUGGUGGCAGGGCGUCCUUUUGCACUGUUAGGGUGAUUCUGGUCGAUGAAAAUGAUAAUGCCCCUCAGUUCAGAGCUGUAGAGUACAGAGCGAGUGUGAAGGCUGAUGUUGGGAAUGGGUUCCUGGUUACGCAGGUGCAAGCCGUUGACCCAGACGAUGGGGCUAACUCCAGGAUAACGUAUUCCCUGUACAGCGAGGCACACGUUCCCGUGGCAGACAUUUUGGAAAUAGAUCCCGACAACGGAUGGAUGGUCACCAAAGGGAGCUUCAAUCACUUGAAAAACUCUAUACUUUCAUUUUUUGUGAAAGCUGUUGAUGGCGGCCUGCCCAUGAAACACUCUCUAAUUCCUGUUUACAUCCACGUGUUGCCUCCUGAGGCCGUUGUACCUUCUUUCACCCAGGUUCAGUAUUCUUUUACAGUGCCGGAAGACACCCCCAUAGGAGCAAUACUUGGUUCUGUCCAUCUUGGGCUUGGCCAGUCUGGAGUAUUUAACACAGUGAAUGGCGCACUAGCUGAAAACAAUGAGGAAGGGGUGUUUGUUGUUGAACGAGACACAGGUGCCAUAAAACUAGACAAAGCCCUUGAUCAUGAAACAAAUGAUGCCUUUCAUUUUAAAGUGUCUGCCACUAUGAAGCAAGGACGGGUAGAUGCUGUUAAUGUUGUUGAUGUGGAAGUAAAGGUCCUAGAUUUAAAUGACAACAAACCAAUCUUUGAAACAAAUCCUUAUGAGGCCAUUGUAAUGGAGGGAAUGCCAAUAGGAACCAAAAUAAUUCAAGUGAAAGCACUGGAUCCAGACUGGGAAGCAAACGGGCAAGUCACCUACAGCCUAGUGCCAUCUUCCGAUGCAGAGCUGGAUGAAAUCGGGGCAAGUUUUACUAUGGAUAGCAACACUGGUUGGAUCAGCACCUUGAAAGACCUUGAUCAUGAAAAAAAUCCUUCUUUUGCCUUUGUUGUGUUGGCAUCAGAUCUUGGGGAGACUAUUUCGCUUUCUUCCACAACGACAGUCUUGGUGGCAGUAACAGAUAUUAACGACAACGCCCCCAAUUUCGUGCAGGAGAUUUACAAAGGCUCUGUGAGGGAGAGUGACCCACCCGGUGAAGUGGUGGCCGUCUUAAGCACACAAGAUGAUGAUACCUCUGAUGUCAACCGACAGGUCAGCUUUUACAUAACAGAUGGGAAUCCAAAGGGAAAGUUUGCCCUUGGGCUGGUCCAAAACGAGUGGAAGGUGUAUGUGAAGAGACCCCUAGACCGUGAAGAGCAGGACAUGUACUUUCUGAACAUCACAGCAACAGACGGGCUGUUUGUGACGAGGGCUGUGGUAGAAGUCACUGUCAUAGACACAAACGACAACAGCCCUGUCUGUGAUCAGGCCUCAUAUAGUGCCUCAUUCCUUGAAGACAUAUCUCCAAAUCAAGUUAUUUUGAGGAUCAGUGCUGAGGAUGCUGAUAUCGGUUCCAAUGCCGAAAUCCAGUAUUCACUACAUGGAACUGGUGCUGAUGACUUUUUCUUGGAUGCAGAAACUGGUGAACUGAAGACCUUGUCCCCCAUGGAUCGUGAAGAGACCCCCGUGUAUAACCUGAUUGCCAGGGCCACAGACGGAGGGGGGAGAUACUGCCAGUCUGAGAUAGUCUUGGUGGUGGGGGAUGUGAACGACAACCCUCCAGUGUUUUCAGCCAGCCAUUACACAGCGUGCGUUUAUGAGAAUACUGCCACCAAAGUCCUGUUAACUAGAUUGCAAGCCACUGAUCCAGAUGUAGGUCUGAACAGGAAAGUGGUAUAUUCUCUGGUGGACUCUGCAAAUGGACACUUCUCCAUCGACAAGUCUUCUGGGAUCAUCGUCCUUGAGAAGCCCCUUGACCGUGAGCUCAAGGCUUUGUACAACAUCACAGUGAAGGCCUCAGACCAGGGGCUGGCUGUAAUGCUCUCUUCUGUGGUCACGGUUACCAUCAAGGUUCUGGACAUUAAUGAUAAUCCUCCAGUUUUUGAGAGACGGGAUUACUUGGCGACCGUUCCUGAAGACGUGGCUCUUGGUACCAAAGUUUUGACGGUAUACGCUACAAGCAAAGAUAUUGGCAGCAACGCAGAAAUGUACUAUAGCAUUAGAUCUGGCAACGAAAAUGGGAAAUUCUUUAUUGAUCCUCAGUCAGGAGCCAUCUCAGUUUCGAAAGAACUGGACUACGAGAUGUGUAAAGAUUAUUUCCUCACUGUGGAGGCCAGGGAUGGGGGCACUCCUCCAUUAAGUGCUGUGGUAACAGUGAAUGUUAACCUGACGGAUGUGAAUGAUAAUGCACCAACGUUCAGCCAGAAUAUCUACAGCGCAGUGAUUAGUGAAGACUCCUCCAUUGGGGAUUCUGUUGCCAUGCUAAUGGCUGAGGACUUGGACAGUCUAGUAAAUGGGCAGAUUGUCUUCUCUAUUGUGAGUGGAGAUCGGGAAAAUCAGUUUUUCAUUGAUCCCAUCACAGGACUAAUGAAGGUCAAUAAGCGUCUCGACAGGGAGAUGGUGUCUGGAUAUUCAUUGGCAGUGCGAGCUAUGGAUAGCGGUUCACCUUCAAUGUCAUCUACGGCAAUAGUGAACAUCGACAUAUCUGAUGUGAAUGAUAAUCCUCCCGUCUUUACCCCAGUCAACUAUACAGCAGUGAUUCAGGAAAAUAAACCCGUCGGUACCAGCAUGUUACAGCUUUCAGUCAGAGACCUUGACUCCUCCCACAAUGGACCCCCCUUCACCUUCACUAUCCUGUCUGGCAAUGCUGGCAAGGAAUUUGUAUUGGAGCAGACAGGAGUUCUGAGGUCUAAUAUAGUCUUUAGACAGGAAGAGGCAUCAGAGUAUGCUCUCCAAGUGCAGGUCAAAGACUCUGGCAGGCCCCAGCUUUCCUCCACCACCUCCAUCCUUAUCCGCAUAAUCGAGGAGAGCAUCCACAAGCCGAUCGCCAUUCCUCUGGAGAUAUACAUUGUGACAAUGGAGGAUGAGUUUCCAGGGGGAGUCAUUGGGAAGAUCCACGCCACGGACCAGGAUGUAUAUGAUGUGCUGUCCUUCACCCACAAGUACCAGCAGAAGAGUCUGUUUAAAAUAAACAGCCAGGAUGGGAAGAUCAUUGCGCUGGGGGGGUUGGAUACGGGGAAAUACAUGCUGAACGUCACGGUGAGCGAUGGCCGCUAUGCUGUGCCUGUGGAUGUCGUGGUACACGUGGAGCAGGCCACCCCGGAGAUGCUGCAGAGCUCGGUCACCAUUCGCUUCGAGAGCAUCUCCCCAGAGGACUUCGUUGGGCUCCACCUGCGCGCAUUCAAGCGAACCCUUCGAAACUCCGUGGCCACACAGAAACAGGACAUUCUUCACAUCCUGGGCAUCCAGCCGGUAGCAGGAACGAGCCAACUGGACAUGCUGCUUGCUGUGCAGACGCCAGGUGGGGGUUUCUACAAGGCCGCCUACCUCAUCCAGAAGCUGAGCACUUCCAGGAAACACCUUGACAACGUGCUCCGCAUCUCAGCCCUCCUGGAUAAGAACUGCUCAGGCUUGGAGUGCCAAGAGAGGCUUUGUGAGCAGACAGUCUCCCUGGACUCCCACUCACUAGUGGCCUAUAGUACAGCCAGGAUCAGCUUUGUGUCACCACGUUUCUACAGGAACACCAAGUGCACCUGCAGUGGUGCCGUCUGCCCUGGCACUUCGGAGCCUUGUGAAAACAAGCCUUGCCCUGAAGACAUGCAGUGUGUUGGACGCAUGGCAAGUCGAGGGCCGUAUCUCUGUCAGUGCCCACCUGGCAAACUUGGAGAGUGUGCGGGCCACACAUCCUUGAGCUUCGCUGGAAACAGUUAUAUUAAAUACCGGGUUUCAGAAAGCAGCAAGGCAGACGAGCUGAAGCUUGGAUUGCGUCUCCGGACACUGCAGAGCAAGGGGAUCAUCAUGUACACAAGAGCAGACCCCUGUACCAUCCUGAAGAUUGAGGAUGGCAAGCUGUGGUUCCAGUUGGACUGUGGCAAUAGCCCAGGAAUUUUAGGAAUCUCUGGAAGGACCGUUAACGAUGGGAACUGGCACUCAGUGUUUUUGGAACUCAACCGCAAUUUUACAAGCCUGUCGUUGGAUGACAGCUACGUGGAGCGCCGCAGGGCACCCUUCCAUUUCCAGCCCCUGGGGGUCGACAGCUCCAUCUACUUUGGUGCCCAGGUGCAGCCUCCCAGUGCCUGGAGCCUGAUAGACAAGAAGAGCCCUCAGGUUGUGGGGGGUUUCCAGGGUUGCCUGGACUCAGUUGUGCUGAACAACAAUGAGCUGCCUCUUCAGAACAAGCGGUCUCAUUAUGCGGAGGUAGUGGGCCUGACUGAGUUAAAACUUGGUUGUGUUCUCUACCCUGAUGCUUGCGAAAGGAAUCCCUGUAAGAACGGUGGAAGUUGUACAAGCCUGCCAUCUGGUGGUUUCGAGUGCAGUUGCACCUCACAGUUCACAGGGGCGCACUGUGAGACUGAAAUCACCUCCUGCUUCCCAAACCCAUGUCAGAAUGGAGGAUCCUGCAAUCCAAUAGGGAAUGCCUUUCUGUGCAGAUGCAGACAGGGUUAUGCAGGAGUCACGUGUGAAGAAGACAUCAAUGAAUGUGAAAAAGAGGAGUGUGAAAAUGGGGGGAAAUGUGUAAACACAUUUGGCGCUUUCUAUUGUAACUGCACUUCAGGCUACGUGGGGCAGCACUGUGGUCUAAGACCAGUGGUCGUCCCUAAUAUUCAGGCAGGACAAUCCUAUGUGGGUAAGGAGGAGCUGAUUGGAAUAGCCGUGGUCCUCUUCGUCAUCUUGGUCCUGAUUAUCCUCUUCAUAGCUUUCCGCAAGAAAGUUUUCCGCAAAGAUUACUCCCGGAAUAACAUCACCCUAGUCCAGGACCCUGCCACUGCUACUCUGCUCAACAAAGCCAACGGGAUCCAGUUCAAAAACCUGCGGAACAACACAGACCCCCGGAACCUCUACCAGGAGCCUGGUGGCCCUCCCCAGGUCCCGGUCCGACCCAUGGCCUACACCCCCUGCUUCCAGAGCAACUCCCGGAACAACCUGGACAAGAUUGUGGACAGCCUGGGGGUGGAGCACACCGAGAUGACCACCUUCCACACAGAGUCCCCACGCAUUCUCACCACCAGGAGAGGGGUGGUGGUGUGCAGUGUGGCCCCCAACCUGCCCCCAGUAUCCCCCUGUCGCUCAAAUUGUGAUUCCAUCAGGAAAACCGCAUGGGAGACAGACACUGAAGGUAAAGUGGUGGACACGGCUGAAGAAGUCACUUGUUUUUCAGGCAGUAAUAAAGGCAGUAAUUCUGAGGUCCACUCACUUAGCUCCUUCCAGUCUGACUCAUGUGAUGACAAUGCUUCCAUAGUGACUGUCAUACGACUGGUCAACGAUGCAGUUGACACAAUUGAAAACGAAGUGUCUGAAAUGGAUCAAGGGCAGAGCUACAACAGAGCUUAUCACUGGGACACUUCAGAUUGGAUGCCAAGCGCUCGACUGCCUAAUAUUGAGGAGGUGCCUAAUUACGAAGCUGGGGAUGGUUCCUCAGCCAAUCUCGGUAGCACCAGGGAGCUGGAGACUGACUACUACCUUGGCGGCUAUGAUAUUGACAGCGACUUCCCUCCUCCACAAGACGAGGAGUUUCUGAGCCAAGACCAGCUCCCACCGCCCCUCCCAGAGGAAUACCAGGACCACUACGACACCCUCCCUCCACCUCAACCGGUUUCUGUGGACAGCACCCUGAGCACAAACAGCUGCCACCGGCCUCACUUCCACCCCAGCCAGUACCUCCCGCCCCAUCAGUUCCCAGGAGAGAUGGAGGCCUUAGGGGCUCAAGGAGGGGAAGAGUUUAGCACGUUCCCAAUAGGCUCCAGUCAGGACCUGGAGACCGAGAACCAGGACAACGUUUCCAUGCGCCUGUCCACCAACGCUUCUUCCUCAGACGUUUCUGCCAACUGUGGCUUAGAUGACUCGGAAGCAGCCAUAAGUGACUUUGAAAGUGCGGACGAGCUCAAUUUUGACAGUAUCCGUGUCCCAUUCAUUGAAACCCAACAGCAGACAGAAGUGUAAUAUCAGUAGUGAUGAUAAAGCACACUUAACAUGAAAUACUUUAUUGGAAGCAUUGAAAAUAUACAAUAACAAAAGGGGCCAGGAGCACCUGUGAACAUUUCCAUGGUACUGAGUCACUGCCUGGUGAUGUCAUCACUUUAUAAAGCAGUUACUGUUUCUUAAAAAACUAAAAGAUUGUUUGCCAUUUUACAUGCAUUUGCAGUAAUGUAAUUUAUCUGUUCCAGAAACUGUAGACCAAGGGAUAUUAUGACAAUCAGGUUAUACUAAUAAAAUAAGUACAGUCUUAACACAUAAGUGAACAUGCAUUGUCAUCUCAUGUUUAGUGACUACUGUAGUAUGUUUUAACAUUUGUUUAGUCAGUUGCUGAAAAUGGAAAAGCAGAUCUAUAAAAAAAAUAAGAAAAAAUAAGGUUAACAUGAACCUGCAAAGCCUGGUACACACUGUCCGAUGCGAUCGUCGAAUCUCAUGGGUAUAACGCACUAGCCUAUGUGACUGAAAUCGAUCAGCUGAUUCUGUAAAAUCGCAUCGCAAAGCAUACACUGCCUGAAAAUUGCAUACCGGGCUUAAAAAUGAUUCAUUCUGUGUCUACAGAAUGUGUGUUGGAUAAUUAAACUGCAAGUACAGCUUGGCAUACAACUGAGACCCUUUUUUGAAGCUUGGCUGUAACAUGUACAUUAUUUACAGUAUUUGACCUUUUAAUUUGAGGUUACUGUGAUCCUCCCACCUCUGUACAUUCAGAACGAAUACACUAGAGUGCAGUCUUUUCUCACCAAUACCUUUAUAAAAGUAUGUGGGAUUUAAAGAAGUUUUAAACUGAUGCAGUGUUUUGAAAGAGCAUAGAACCUUUUUUUUUUUUUUUUUUAAAUGUGUCCUACCGGCGCACUGAAGAGAAGACUAUUGAAGAAAAAAAGAAACUGCCAAAUAUUAUAAAUAGUGUUCAACCAUGCACUUAAAGAUAACAGUGUAGCUAAAAGGCACCACUACACAUGCAGUGGAUCUGCCACCUAGACAUCAGAUCAACCCUUUCAUAUUCAGUGUGGCUAUGUGUUAACAGCCUUUUAUCCAAAAGGUCUUAGCCCUCGUUUAUAAAUAAAGGGUAAAUGCAGUUCCCAUAAAGAACACAGCACAAUUUUCCGAAUGAGUGGUCUUUGGUUUAUAAAAUCAGUGCUAUAAAAAAACAACUCAAACUAGAGAUUCAGUAUAAUAUGCGUAAUAAAGUAGGUCAGCAUUGGAGUUUUAUUUUUGAAGUUCUGAUGCAUAUUUCUUUUGUGGGAUUAUGUGAUUUUGAUUUAUGUGAACUAUUUGCACUAACUGAAAAAUUCCAUUUGCAUCUCAUUUCUGUAAGCUUGGCACAUAGCUAAACCAUAUUUUAUGAACAAACUUUUCUCUGGUAACAAGCCCUUCAUUAAAAUGGUACUAAGCUAUUGAUAUUAGACAAAUGGCAAGCACGUGCUAUUUGCGGUGGUAGGUCUUUUCUAAUACAUACUUUCCAUUACUAUAGUGCAAUGUAGUCUCCGCUUAGGUCUCUCUUUGUAUUAGUGAUGCACUAUUGAUAUGUACCUGUACUGGCCCUGUGGGCACAAAGUGAAUAAACUAAACUAAAUGUUACAAACAUUACAUUUGAUAUUGGAUUUUUAGAUUUUUUUCUUUUUUUUUUUUUUUUGUUCAGAAAUGUGUCGGCAUAAUACCUAUGCUGCCAAUGAGUUAAAAACUCUCAACAGCUGAUUAUAAAGAUUAAUAAUUGAUUUGGUUUCCAUUAUUAAUGACCUUGCAGUUACUUUCAAAACUAGUCAUGCAGAUUCAAAACGUGUCUUUAACUUUGCCAAUGAUAUCAAAGCCAUACUAAUACUGUAAAUAAGCUCUGUGCAGCGUUCCCAUUGAAACUGUAAUUGAAUUAAAAACAUUACUGUCAGGUCAUGUAGCAUCUUUAUCAACUGCAUUUUAUUUCAUGAACUGAAUCCAAGUAAAUUAUUAUUUAAAAAAAUAAAAAAAAACUUGCAUUUUAAUAAAUGUUUCUCCAACUAUAACAAAAACAAUUAAUUAGUUGCGUUUUAUUAGAAUCGUGGUCUUGUAAUAUAAUAUGCCUGAUGUUACCAGGUCGUUUUGUAAAGGAUAUAAGAUUGUGUUCAAAAUGUUUGUAUAAAGUGUAUAUAGUUAGGUUGUCGAAGAUGCAGGUUUUUGUAGAUAUUUGAUGCCAAUUAUGCUGCCUUUUGAAUUAUAUUGAUGUUAAAUGUGAAUGUCGGCAGAAAAGAGGGAGUUUGAAAUCAAAGACAAUUUAACCAUUUUUAAAAUGUUCUUUUUAUAAAAACUAGAAAAAUCACCUUUUAUGAUUUUUCUUCUUAAUUAACCAUCAUUUUCCAAAUUGUUAAAAUCAUUCUGACUUCUUUAUUUCUUUGCUUCUGGAUUUUGCACAUUGCUGAAUGCACACUAUUCUGAAUCAUUUGGCGAGUAUGGCUGUUCUCAACUUGUGCUUUUCACUUCCAAGAAUUCCAAGAGUCUCUUAGUAACGUUUUCUUUCCCCGAAGUUUUGCAGUAUUAAAAUGUGUAGUUAAUUACAGCAAUUGAGUGUACAAAUUGAUUUCUUUUUUAACUGCUGUUUUGUUUUCUAAGUCAGUGUACAAAAAAUAAAGAUACUUGAUCAACAAGGUUAGUGCAUGCCUUGUUUGUGUAUGUAUUUAGUUUGUUUAUAUUAAAAGCAGCAGUAUCACAGACUUUACAGACUUUAUAUAUGUGUAAUAUAAACCCCUCCGACAAAGUGUGCCAGUGAUCUUAGUCAUGUGACUUUUUCACUUUACCUGAACCUAAGUAAACUGCUGCAUUCUGUGAUCCUCCUCUUCAAGUCUGAUUGUGGAUAUUUUUCAAUUUGUAUACCCAUUUAUUUAACUUCAGUGGCCCUUGGAUAUCUGAGACUCUUUGAAAUGCAAACUUCAUAUUUGCUUUGCCAUGUGCAAGAAGGGAUGGUCUAUUUUUGUUCACAAAAUGCAAAUAUCUAAUGGUAUAUCUAUGAUAUGUCUGAAAACAACACUAUCAAAUUGUCUGCCUUAAAAGCUUAGGCUUACCUAUAUAAUGACAAUGGCAGCAAAGCUGAGUCUAUUCACAUAGCAGGAAAUACAUAUUAAUAUAUCAAUGCAUUUGAAAGGUAUUGUAUUUGUUUCUGGUAAACUAAAGUGGAAUAUGACUUUGUUGAGGACCAUAUCAAAUGGGGAGGCUAAAAAAACUAACAAAUGUAAAGCCCUGGUCCUUGUUGUUUCAUAGUUCUAUUAAUGUUGGCCUGUAAAGAGAUCUGUACAUGUUCUAGUAAUGUUUUAGGAGAUUGCCCUAAACUUAGCUAUAAGCUUUUCAAUUCAACUUUCUGUCUUGUAUGAGAUUUAAUACCACGGUCACAGCUUCCAAGGUUGUCAUUAGCCACCCUUUAUGUGCAAUUUCUAAAUAUGCCCUUCAAUUUGACCCGAGACCCAUGAUGAUUGCCAUAUAGGGGUUAGGUGAUCUUUUGUUUUCCACUUGAUAAAAAGAUCUAACACACUUCCUUAAGUCAGAGUGUCUCUCCAACUUGACAUUGCUGUUGCAGCUGAUCAGCAGUACUUGACUUCAGGCUCCAUAUAUGUAAAACUCCAGGCUUGUAUAGCUAGCAUUAAAUCAAUAAAUCUUUGCCUUUCAUCAUAUUUUAUGUCGUACUCUAAUACAUGAAGAAUUUGCUACAUAUGGCAUUUUGCUUUGGAAUCAGCAAGACGCAAUUCAAAUUUAUGUUAAAUGAACCAGUGUCGAUCUUCUGUGUAACUUUUAAUAUCCCUAGUAAUGACAACUGUCUCAAAAUCAAUACUAACAUAUUACAAGAGCAAUGAGGCAGCUAUAGCUACUUUAUUAACAAGCAAAUCCUGCCUGUGUAUACUUAGCCAUGUUCUAACUAUGCUUUACUGUGCGUUUAAUAAUAUUAUACCACAGGACACUGUUAUAAAGCAACUAACUUUUGUUAUUUGUACAACCAGUUGACUCCCCAAAUUAUUAUUUUUGUUUUUAAUAAUCGUAUUAGUAACAACACAAGGGCAUACACAACAACAUUGUGCAUAUAACAGGUAUCCUAAAACCCUUAUCAGAAAUACAUUCUUCAUCUUAAAACUUCAGCUCUUCAGCUACAGCCACAGCACUGCAACAUGAUGAUAGAUCGAAAAGACACAAUAGGGCAUUUUUCAAAAGUGGAAAGCACAGCUUUUCUGAAUACAGGAAGGCAUUAUGGGGAAAGCAUUCCGCAUCAACAAUAAAGCUGCAGCAGGCAGUAAUGCGAUGGACUCAACACCAACAACCGCAAUG